UUCGAGAAUGGCUCGGGAGAGACGACGUUUUGCGGCGCUGAGCUCACCCGGUCAAGCUUGCUUCUUUAUCUUCUUUCUAAAACGAGCCUCUUAUCUCUCUCUGACUAUGAGUCUCUUCGGCGAUGGAGUUUGAGGUUAGGUUAGUUGGGGGCAUAGAGAACUGCUAUGUCUCUCUUCCUCUGCCCCUAAUCCAAACCCUCCAGUCCUCGUCCUCCUCCCUCCCUCAAGUUCUCGCUCUGGAGCUUCGCUCCUCCUCAAACGACAGCCGCUGGAAUGUCGCUUGGUCCGGCGCCACUUCCACUUCUCAAGCUAUCGAGGUUGCUCAGCAAUUUGGGGAUUGCAUUUCGUUGCCAGAUCAUGCUAGGGUUCAAGUUCGUGCUCUUUCGAAUGUGACGAAGGCUACUCUUGUAACAAUUGAGCCUUCUACUGAGGAUGAUUGGGAGGUUUUGGAACUUAAUUCUGAGCUUGCAGAGGCUGCUAUAUUGAAUCAGGUGAGGAUCGUCCAUGAAGCAAUGAGAUUUCCUCUGUGGUUGCACGGCCGCACUACCAUUACAUUUCUUGUUGUUUCAACCUUCCCCAAGAAAUCGGUAGUGCAACUGGUACCAGGGACUGAAGUUGCAGUUGCUCCAAAGAGACGCAAGACUGUCAACUCAUAUGGAGAUUCAUCCACUCUUGCUUCUACUGGAGAGCGCCAUAUUUCAAAGGCACUACUGCGCAUUCAAGAUCCAGACAGGAGACUAGUUCACAAAAGUGGUUAUGUCAAAGGUGUUGAGCUUGGAGUUGUUCUCACUUCUGUUGCUAUGAUUCACCCAGAAACAGCAAAAAUGUUCUCCUUAAACUCUCUUCAGUUAGUAGCUGUUGUGCCAAGAUUAUCACCAAAAGAGAGCAUGAAAAAUUCGGAAAAUGAUGGUUUGAGAACAAGAAGCAGUUCAACUCCAAAAGAAUCCAGCAAUGGAAUUUCAAAUGACAAGAAGGACAAUCGUGAAACAAUUGUUCGGCUGUUGAUUUCUGAUUCAGUGGCUAAAGGGCAUGUAAUGGUUGCCCAGUCUCUUCGUCUUUAUUUGAGAGCUCGUCUGCAUUCAUGGGUUUAUUUAAAGGGAUGCAAUGGUAUUUUGAAGACUGACGUUCCCCUUCUUUCACUUUCUCCUUGCCACUUUAAGAUAUUUGGGAAAGACAAAGCUGUUGAAAGAAAUGGUCUAGAAGUUCUCGAUAGGCAUAAAAUUCGUAAGAAGAAAAACAUGCUUCUAACGACCGGCUCAAGCACCUACAUAGAUGUUGCCGAUUGGUCAACCCAUGACAAAGUUGUUGAUGCUUUUUCAUAUGAAUCUUCUUGCAAAGAGGAUGAAGGGGCUAGUCAUAAGUCUGACGAGGGAAAAGGAGUAGAAAGUCUUAUUAGAGCAUGGAUCCUUGCACAACUUGAUGCUGUUGCUUCCAAUGCAGGAGAAGAAGUUAAUUCCUUGGUUUUGGGAAAUGAAACUCUACUUCACUUUGAAGUGAAAGGACAGAAGUCUGGGAUUGAGGAGAAGGUACAUGAAUCAUCAAGUGGCUGCCUCGAAAACAAAAAUAAGAAUGCUGAACUACCAGUUGAAAUCUUAUAUGUAUUGACAUUUUCCAAGGAAUCUCAACAUGCUGGAAAUGCAUAUGAGCUUGUAUUUGAUGAAAGAAACAAAGGCAACAAUAAUCUUGGAGGUCUAGAGACAAUUGUAAAGCUGAAGGAGGGUGAUCCUGUGUCUUUUUAUUCAGUAAGAGAGAGAAUGUCUGAAAAAGAUGUCCCUGCUGAUGUAUCAUCCUUGAGCUGGAUGGGGACAAUUGCUUUUGACGUUUUAAAUAGAAUGUUGGUGUUGUUAACUCCUGCUUCUGGGGCAUGGUUCAGUUCACACGAUCUUCCUCUCCCUGGACAUGUUCUGAUAUAUGGACCUCCUGGUUCUGGAAAGACAUUAUUAGCAAGAACUGUUGCAAAGUGUCUCGAAGAAGAUAAAGACCUCAUAGCACACGUAGUUUUUGUAUCUUGUUCACAACUUGCCAUGGAAAAGGCCUUGACCAUUCGCCAAGCACUUUCAAGCUAUAUGUCUGAGGCUUUAGAUCAUGCUCCAUCUCUUGUAAUUCUUGACGAUCUUGAUAGCAUUGUUUCAUCCUCUUCAGACUCAGAAGGAUCUCAAACUUCAACCUCUGUUCUUGCUCUAACAGAAUUUCUCAACGACAUUAUGGAUGAAUAUUGGGAAAAAAGGAAGAGCUCAUGUGGAAUUGGUCCCCUUGCAUUCAUAGCUUCAAUAAAGUCUUUAGAGAGUAUACCGCAGUCAUUGAGCUCUUCAGGAAGGUUCGACUUUCACGUGCAAUUGCCUGCUCCUGCUGCCUCACAACGUGAAGCCAUUUUGAAGCAUGAAAUUCAGAGACGUUGCUUACAAUGUUCUGAUGAUAUCUUACAAGAUGUAGCCUCAAAAUGUGAUGGCUAUGAUUCAUACGAUCUGGAAAUCUUGGUCGAUAGAACUGUUCAUGCUGCCAUUGGUCGUUUUAUGCCUUAUCAUUUUGCUUUUGACAAAAGUGAAAAUCCCACUUUAAUAAGGGAUGAUUUCUCUCGGGCAAUGCACGAUUUCCUUCCGGUUGCCAUGCGCGACGUCACUAAAUCUGCUUCUGAAGGUGGUCGGUCUGGGUGGGACAACGUUGGUGGUCUUGUUGACAUUCGCAAUGCAAUUAAAGAGAUGAUUGAAUUGCCUUCAAAAUUCCCAAACAUCUUUGCAAAAGCUCCUUUAAGGUUGCGGUCCAAUGUUCUAUUGUAUGGACCUCCUGGCUGUGGAAAGACACACAUAGUUGGUUCUGCUGCUGCAGCCUGUUCACUACGAUUUAUAUCAGUCAAAGGACCUGAGCUGUUGAAUAAAUAUAUUGGUGCUUCAGAGCAAGCUGUCCGGGAUAUAUUCACCAAAGCUGCUGCUGCAGCACCAUGCCUUCUCUUUUUUGACGAAUUUGAUUCUAUAGCCCCCAAAAGAGGACAUGACAAUACUGGAGUAACUGAUCGUGUUGUCAAUCAGUUUCUGACUGAAUUGGAUGGUGUUGAAGUUUUGACUGGUGUUUUUGUGUUUGCUGCAACAAGUAGACCAGAUUUACUUGACGCUGCACUGUUGAGACCUGGUAGGCUAGAUCGCCUUCUAUUUUGUGAUUUUCCAUCUCUGGGUGAAAGGUUGGAUAUUUUGACGGUCCUUUCAAAAAAGCUACCACUGGAUGGUGAUGUGGAUUUAAGAGCCAUAGCUUAUAUGACUGAGGGAUUUAGUGGGGCUGACCUUCAAGCUCUUCUCUCAGAUGCUCAGCUUGCAGCAGUGCAUGAAAUUCUGGCUGGUUUAGAUACCAAUGAUCCAGGGAAAAAGCCAGUUAUUUCUGAUGCUCUCUUGAAGUCUACUGCUUCCAGGGCAAGGCCAUCUGUUUCCGAAGCUGAGAAGAAAAGAUUGUAUGGCAUUUACGGCGAGUUCUUGGAUUCAAAAAGAUCUGUUGCUGCACAGUCAAGAGAUGCAAAAGGCAAGAGGGCAACCCUAGCAUGAGAUAUGACUGAACUUGACGGCCUUUUGUUCUUCAGGAAAUCAAAAUUUUGAAAGAUUGCUCCACCAGUUUUUCGGCAAUGCUUCAAAUGUAGCUUUGCAUUUAUGUCGCGAGGCUGAUGUUGCUGCGGAUCAUUUUGCCAAAGAAGUGUAUGUUUGCGACAUGCACCAUGGAAUACGUAUAUAGUGGCACUAGUUAUACACCCCGAGUAGGGUUGGAGGCAUAACAACUUCACUUGAAGUUUUAAUUCAAUAAAAAGAAGAAUCCAAUGAUUUUGUUCUUGGAUAUAUAGUAUACAGAAACAGACCCAUAGGGACAGUAAUUGCCAUUCCUGGUCCUGGACACCAAGAAUAGAGCUCAAUUUUGAAAUUUAGUUGGGAUUAAUUUCCCGUCAUUAGAAAUUUAGAAGGGAAGCAUAAAAUUUUGAGCUUCUAAUUCUAAGGAUAGUUGAGUCUUGAGAGGGUGAGAUAAGAUCUCUGCAAUAUCAGACCAAUUAGCUUGAUACUGAAUGUAUUUGUAAGUACUGAAAAUAAGAAAGCAAUAUUUAUAAAGAGUGCUGCUAUUUCCA